AAUAUUGCUUGUCAGAAAAAAGAGCAAGUGUUCAGCUUUUUUCCUCGGCUUCGUGUCGACAGUCGUUCUCUGCCUGUGGAGAAGGGUGGUUGUGUCAUUUCAUUGCGCUUGCAGACUCACUUGGACACAUAGCGACGUUCGUGUACCCUCCUGUGAGCCUCAUCCACGAUGCUACGGGCAGCGAAUUGCCUGCGUCGCUGCGGGUCGUUCGUGAGACCUCCUGCCUUGGUCAGGAGCCAGGCAACGCAAGCUGCACCUGAUUUGGUGGAGGUGUUUGUGGAUGAGCGUCCUGUUCUUGUCGAGCCCGGCACAACGGUCUUGCAGGCCUGUGAAAGGGUUGGUGUGGAGAUUCCACGUUUCUGCUAUCAUGACCGUCUCUCAGUGGCCGGCAAUUGCCGAAUGUGUCUGGUGGAGGUUGAAAAGUCACCAAAGCCUGUUGCAGCAUGUGCCAUGCCGGUGAUGAAGGGCUGGCGUAUAAAAACCAAUUCGCCAGCAACAAAGAAAGCUCGGGAGGGAGUGAUGGAGUUUCUUCUUGUCAAUCAUCCUCUGGAUUGUCCAAUCUGUGAUCAAGGAGGUGAAUGUGACCUUCAGGAUCAGUCGAUGGCGUUUGGAAGUGAUCGCUCUCGCUUCACCGAUAUUGCUUUUGAGGGGAAACGGUAA